CAAACGACAGGAUCCCGGUGAACAGAGACACGAAAUUCCUAUCUGUCUCCUCUUUCCGCUCUGUUCCUACGGAAAGAUGGGGGAUUCAGAGAUCAUCAAGAGGAUUGUUUUACAGGAAUUACUAAACUCCAAUGCGUUACUCAUUUGCUAACAAAAAAAACCUACGGUGCACUGGUGCUGUGGAAAAUCUGUGGAAUGAUUAGAUGCAGAAGCUGGGGGAUUUUAAACUACCUCAAUUCUUCAACUAUCCACCAUAUUUCACUGUUGCAAAUCUUAGAAUCCUAGUUGUGCAUUUGACCUGUACAACUAUGCUUUCUAGGUUGCAGCCUAUAAGGGAGACGAGAGAGAAGCAGGUACAGCUAUGGAAGGAGUUGAUACUCGAAUAUUGUAGGAGUCAGAAAAUAUUCAUAGUUGGAUUGGAAGAAGAGUUUCCCCUUUUUUCUAAUCAGGUUAUUGAAAGAUCUCUUAGCCAUGAGUCAAGAGAGUUGUUUCUUUCAGCCUUGGUUUCUGAAGGACGUGCCGAAUGGAUGGACAAAAGUCACAAGAAAUGUCUUAUACUGUGGCUCAGAAUUCCAGAUUGGGCUGACUAUAUUAUAAACUUUGUGAAACAAAAUGGGCUUGAAGAUAGUGUUAUGACUGUAGAAGAUAUACGCACUGGAAUUGAAUCCCGUGGAACUGAGCUUGCUGGGAUCGAUCGCGUGGUACUGAUGCGUGCUCUGAAGUUGUUGGAGCAGAAGGGAAAAGCAGCAAUUUUCAAGGGGAGUUCAACAGAUGAUGAAGGGGUUAAAUUUAAUGUUUAGCAUUUUUGUCAUGUAUUAUCAUUCCGAUGUUUUUUUUGAAAAUUCUUGCCUUUGACUGAUGGCUUCAGCUGGAGCCAACUAGAUCUGCAUUUCUUUUCAACAAAAUUACAUAUCAUAAAUAUUUUAUUCAGCAUCAGUGCUCAAAAAUCAUAUUUGGUGUAAUAUAUUGUUUGGUCUCCGUGGGCGACAAAGUUCCUUUUAUAUAUAUGUGUAGAAUAUUUGCA